AUGGUCUCCCUACGAAGCUUCCUGGCCAUCGCGGCCCUGACGGCCUCCGCUGCCGCGAGUCCCGCCCCUCGUGUCCCUCUCUCGCCCCUGAACAAGCGCGACACUUGCGAGUUCCCCGUCCUCGACUCGUUCCCUGCUCCACGCUGCUACGAGGUGGGCGCCGAUGCUUCCUGCCAGUUCUGCUGUGUGGGCGGUAUCUCCCUCCCAGCGGAAUACCACUGCCAUUUCGGCCAUACUGGCAUCAACUGCGCCGAAGAGGGCUACGAUGGUUAUAACCUCUGGCACUGCGACGAUCACUAA